CGGUGUCAAAAGAGGGAAAGGAGAUCCUCUUAAACGGGGCAAAAAAAAAAAAAAAAGGGAAGGAGAUAAGGCGAGGGAGCGAAGGAUGCACGGAGUAUCUCUUCCGUUUUCCUUUGCUUGUGGAGUGCGCUCGUCCUCCAUUAGAGCUUCCCCACGCUCAUUCCUAUGGCCUACUCCCAACGAGAGGAGGAAAGUUCGGUGCGCACUCAUCACUGCCCAGUUUGAGCUCAAGCGUCCUCCAUAUCCGUUAGACUCGUUGGAGCCGCACAUGAGCCGGAAGACGGUGGAGCAUCAUUGGGGGAGGCAUCACCGGAGCCAUGUGGACGGCCUCAACGCCCAAAUUGCGGGGACCCAACUGGAAGAGAUGGAACUGGAGGACGUUGUCAUCGCCUCCUACAACAAGGGAAGCCCUCUACCUCCAUUCGUCCAUGCAGCCCAGGUCUGGAAUCAUGACUUUUUCUGGCAAUCCAUGAAACCAGGUGGUGGAGGGAAGCCAUCUGGGAAGCUUAUGGAAUUGAUCGAGAGGGACUUUGGUUCGUUCGAGAGAAUGCUGAAGGAGUUCAGAGAAGCUGCAUCGGCACAGUUUGGUUCUGGUUGGGCUUGGCUUGCGUACAAGGCGAAUAGGUUAGAUGUGGGGAAUGCUGUUAAUCCUUGUCCCUCCGAGAAGGACAACAAGCUUGUGAUAGCUAAGACUCCUAAUGCUGUGAAUCCUUUGGUUUGGGAUUAUUCACCUCUCCUUGCAAUUGAUGUUUGGGAGCAUGCUUACUACCUUGACUAUGAGAAUCGGAGAGCUGAUUAUGUGUCCAUUUUUAUUGAGAAGCUUGUUUCAUGGGACAUUGUUAGCUCAAGGCUUGACAUAGCAAUGGCUCGAGCUGCAGAGAGAGCAAGAGAAGACGAGAGGAGAAGACAAGAAGACGAUGUAGAAAUCACCAACAGUGAGGCUGUGGAGAUGUAUGUGGACAGCGACAAUAAUUCAGAGUCUGAAUGAAAGAAACCAUCUUGUUUACUUUUACCAUAUGCCAAGUUAGUUAAGCAAAACCAACGGUGAGUUCAAUUAUACUUGGUAGCUUAAUGAAAUGUAUCGGCAAGAUUGUUGAGAUGUUGCUUCA